AUGUUCGACUUUAUGUUCGGCGAUGUCGCGUACCGCGUCCGACCCAAUGGUACCGCGUGCACCAUAGCCGACCAGCACAACACCCAAUUCACUGGCGGAGUGGAACGUAUGCCGACCUUCUUGCGGCCUGAAAUGGCUUUCACUCUCAAGGAGACUGUGUACUCGCGUCUGGGCCUGAAGUCCCACACCUCCCUCCCGGCCAAGAUAACGCUAGUCAGCAGAAAACGGAGCAGGAAAUUCCUCAACGAAUAUCAGCUCGCCACCUUCCUCGAGCAAGAAACCCGCAUGCCAGUCGCAGUGGUCGACUUCGCAAGCAUCUCCCCCGCAGAGCAGGUCGUGGUAAUGCACGGCACGGGCAUCUUCGUGGGCAUGCACGGAGCCGUGUUUGCCAACUCUUUCUUCCUUCCCCGAGGGGCUGUGGCGAUCGAGGUGUUCCCGGGUCGCUACUACCGGUCCAUGUACAGCCUCUACGUCCAAUCGGCCGGGGCGACCAUGUACACCUACCACGAGCCCCACGUGACCAACAUUACCUUCGACGUUUCCGAGCGGAAUCUGGACGUCGAGGUGUCCCUCUCCUCCUUCUCGGUCCUGCUCACCAAGGCCACCCAGGCCUUCCACGACAACAACCAGCUCUACUACCGCAAGAGGCAACCCAGCUCCUGGCAGUGA